ACCCCUACCCCCUUCCUUCUUUCCCUUUAAUCGUUGUCUUGGAGAAUAUCGGAGGCUUAUUCUUUGGCACGCGUCAGUCUUUUUCAAUUCUUUCUCACGCUCUUUUUGGACGAGGGAAGGAGUCCAGCAAAGUCUUGCUUUUCGACGUGACUUGCAGGUCAUGUAUUAGGGCAUCCGACACGCUCCCGCCCUUUUUCUUCUCUUCUUUUGUUCAACAACCCGCCUGCUCGUCAACGUUCCCAGGGGGGACUCUACCGAGUACCUUCGUCUCACAACCUGCCUCGACAUUUUCGACGGAGGCCGGUCCAACAACUUUCAACCUUUGUACACCACCACCACCAUUAUCCUCGCCAACUGUAUUCAACCCUGUUAUAUCACACACACUCACUCGUUGUGGGAGACGGGCACCGACAGAGCCUAGUCUUACCACCCUUUCUUUAAACCCACAAAUUUAAAGAAAUGUCACCAACUAAAUCUCGUCUCAGUACUGCUAGACGUGCUGUUUCUGCUAAUGCCAGUUCAUCCGCUUCGUCCAUACCGAGGCGUGUCAAACAGACAACUGGUAUGACAAAGUUAAGGAAGCCAACGACCGACCUCUCCUCGAAUGCCUCUCUUAAAAAAGUCCCUUCCUUAUUUCAGGAUGAAUCAGUGAACGUCUCUCCGCCAAAGCCACUCUCGUAUACCUCUGGUGCCAAUAAGGAAAAUGUCCACGUUACCAUCUCGCAGGGAAGGGUCGCUUAUGUUGGAACCUCACCUUCGAGACAACCAAGUAAGUUAUAUUUGUUCCGAUCGACGCCUCUGCCAUCAUACACUCUUAGUGCUUCAGAUGCCAAAAGAACCCAUUCAAAUGUUAUCAUGUCAAUAUGCUAAACCCAAUUUUUUCUUAUUUGUUUCAUCUUGUGCUCAUUUUGUACCAUGGUCUCUUUUUUUCUCUAUAUCGUGAAACAUAUAGUUGACGCAUUCGACUCCAGCCGGCGUAUCUAAGUUCCCCAAAUCAUCUCUUGCUGCUCUUAGGAAGAAGGCCAAAGGACGUAUCCCUCUCCGCGAGCUAAGCGAACAAGAAGUGUUCGAACGCGAUGAGGCGGUUCUCGGGGACCUUCGUCGUAGGCGAUCGGGGGAACACGGGGCGUUUGAAAUCGACUCUGUUCUCGCGAAUCCUCAGACAUCUGCAUCUUCCGUCUCGUCGUCCACUGCACAUGGCUCCACCUCGUCUCAGUCCACCACAGCAACUGAAGUUGACGGCGAGGGUGAUGAUGAUAAUGGGAAAAUCCGUGUCCUUAAGAGGAGCGAUUCUGAGGACGAACUACGUGUGAAGAUCAACGCGAUCCUUGAGAACACCUCAUCUGCAAAACCGAGCACUAACAACCCUACCAGACGCAAAGGUUUACUAACUAAGGCCACACGACUAUCCCCCAUGAAGGCAUCCCACCCUGCCGUCCGCCAGUUCUCUCCGUCCCCGAAAAAGACAUAUCACCCCGAAGCGCCCUCGUCCUCCCCCAGUAUUGCAUACUCUUGUGGAUCACCCUUCUCUUCUCCUCUGAAAGCUUUGACCCUUCCUGAGUCUCCCCUCCGCAUCUUACGCUCCCCCUCGCCGAUUGUCAAGCCCGCCCCUAUCAGAACGGGUCUAGGAAAUAAGGCCGUCAACACUAUUCUCCGGGACAAGUCUGCAGACAAGGGAAAGAAGGUCAUCAUCACAAGCAGCAACAUCAACCAACCCUCAAAGAAGACCACCGCGAAAAAGGCAGGAAGUAGCAGCCUCCGUAGAGCCGCAGGCUCCGUUCGUUCUACCUCCAUCAUUUCUUCCACCAAUUCUUCAAGACUGGACGAAAUGCGUAAGAUGCGGUAAUGCGCAAUGCCAAGAGAAGAAAAAUGGGACAGGAUGGUGAUGCUAUCAUAGGGCUUUAUAUAAUGUCCACGUUUCUUAUAUAACGACUUUGUCUUACUUCUUCUCGGUUCUCCCUUCUUCCUUCUUCCUUUGUAACCGCGGAUUCAACGGAGUUUGAUUUUAACCUACGCGUUUUGAGUUUUUGUUCCUUCUCCUUUCACCUCUUCAUAUAUUCCCCCCCCUUAGCAAUCAUCUACUUCCCCAUGCCUUGCUUUUAUUUCAGCUUUGCGCGCGAGUUGUCUUUUUCGUUUAAAAAAGCAAUUUUUAUGAUUGAUUGAUUGUAGCUUUGUUUCGAGUUAGUAUACAGUAGGUUUGUCUGUGGGGUUGGUUGUAUAGUGUAUAUGCGAAAUGGGCCGGACUGGACUAGGCUGGAGCGUGUUGUGUGGGUUGUGCUUAGUGAAUUGAGCUUUCUAUGAU